AUGGACGGCUUGGACGAGUUUGAGAAAAGCUUAGCAGCGGAAAAGUUAGAGAGGGAAAAAAGUGAAAGAAGCUCGCGCAAAGAUAAGGAUCGGAAGCAUCGACAUCAUCAUAGAUCACGGCACCACAGGUCCAGAGAGGACGACGAUGAAGAUAGAGACGACCACCGACAUAAGCGAUCGAGACAUUCUAGACACGAGGAAGAAGAUGAGGACAGAAGGAAGCGCAAGCACGAAAAAUCAUCAGAUCCCAAGGAAGAUUUACCAAUUCCAGAUGAGGAGGAAGCAGAAGUUGAACCAAAAGCUACUCGCGAUUCUUGGAUGACGGAUCCGACAGCUUUCGAGUUCGAUUAUACACAAAAAGGAUCUAAAAAGCCUACAGAGCCAAAAGUCGCACCCAGACCUGAUUACGAUUUGAAGGUUCAUAAAAAUGAACUCAAUCAGCAUUUACAAGAUCUAAAUGAAGGAGUCAAAAAGUUGGACGAUAUCGAAGCUGGACAUGACGUCGAUUAUACAUUUGGAGAUUCAGGAGCUCGAUGGCGCAUGACGAAGUUGAAGGCAGUAUAUACACAGGCGGAACAGAGUGGAAAGCCCAUCGAUGAGAUAGCUAUUGCGCGAUUUGGAGGUCUACGGGAGUUCGAUGAUGCGCGAGAAGAACAAAUUGAGCUUGACCGCCGAAGACUAUAUGGGGAAGGCUAUGUUGGGAAAGAGAAGCCCAGCGGAGAGUUGUUUCAAGAGAGAAAAUUAGAUCUAGGCAUCAGAAGAGGUUCGAUACCACACCAUGAUGAGCCAGCAAAUCUACCGCAAGGGGAGAUUAUGGAAGAAACAAAUGCACCCCCUGUUCAGCUCGAUGCCACGGCCCUGAAUCGAUUGAAGGCUCAAAUGAUGAAAGCCAAGCUCAAGAAAUCGCCUGACGCUGCGAGACUUGAGGCUGAAUACAAUGCUGCAGCUUCCGCCGGAUUAGCAACUACUUCAGAACCCGGUAUGGUAGUAUUGGGAAAGAUGGACAGCAGAAUGUUGGCGGGAACUCGUGGAGAAGUGAAGUCGAUCGACAAUAAGAGGGGCCGCGAGAGAGGUUUGGUGGAAGAGAAUGAAGAUAUGACUAUUGAAGAUAUGGUGCGUGAGGAACGACGGACCAAAGGACAAGCCGGCGGUGAUGGUAUGCGAGCCGCUGAACGCAUCGCGAAAGAUGCUAAAUUCGAUAAUGACCUCGACUACAUGGACGAUAAUGCAAACAAGCUUGCGAAGCGCGUCCAAAAGUCUGAAAUUAACUUGAGGAAUACAGCCAUAGGAGAUUUUCAAAAGAUGAAUCGCAUUCUGGACUCCUGCCAAUUGUGUCAUCAUGAAGACAAAAAUCAACCCCCUGUUGCGCCACUCGUAUCUCUUGGUACACGAGUCUAUUUAACACUCCCGACAGAGCCGGAACUGAGUGAUGGUGGAGCCGUCAUUGUACCCAUUCAGCACCGGACAAACCUUCUUGAAUGCGACGACGAUGAGUGGGAGGAAAUUAGAAACUUCAUGAAAUGUCUAACGCGCAUGUAUCAUGAUCAAGGACGAGAUGUAGUAUUUUACGAAAAUGCCGCAACACCACACCGAAAGAUGCACGCAGCCAUGCAAGCAGUACCACUGCCCUAUAGCCUAGGAGAAACCGCGCCAGCCUUUUUCAAAGAAGCCAUCCUGUCCUCGGAUGAAGAGUGGACACAACAUAAGAAGCUCAUCGACACUGCAGCACGCGCACGAGAUGGCCUUGGAAAACUAGCCUUCCGCCGAUCGAUCGCUAAGGAGAUGCCCUAUUUUCAUGCGUGGUUUGACCUAGAUGGUGGCUUGGGACAUAUAGUUGAAGACGCCAAUCGAUGGCCCAGGGGGGAUCUCUUCGCGAGAGAAAUCAUCGGCGGCAUGUUGGAUAUUGAGCCUGAUGUUAUCAAACGACAAGGCCGGUGGAGUCGAGGAGGGGAUAAAAGAUUGGACGGCUUCAGAAAUCGUUGGAAGAAAUUCGAUUGGACCAGGGUGCUUACGGAUGAGUGA